CUUCAGUGCAAGUCAAUAAAACUUUGUGCACUGACACACACAACUUCCAGCACCCGCCAGCGGGGCCAAAAUGAGGAUUAGCAAAGCUGCCUUUCUCUUUCUGUUCUUGCUCAGCUCAGUGAAAGGAGAUAUACUGGGUGACUAUAUAAGAACAGAUGGUGUUUGGAUACUAACUCGAAAUAAACAGUCUUACAAGACAAAUAACGAAAAAGAAUGUGCAGAGAAAUGUGAAGCAGAAAGAAAUUUUAAUUGCAGGGCUUUCCUAUUCACCAGGAAAAAGCUACAGUGUUUAACACUGGCUGAAAAUGCUAAAAUGUCGGUGAUGUUCGCCAGCAUGGAUGCAGUUCUUUAUGAAAAGAGAAUUUACCUUCUAGAAUGUAAAAGAGGGACUGGGAAGGACUACAGAGGAACAGAAGCCAAGACUUGGAGGGGUAUUCCAUGCCAGAAGUGGGCAGAAAAAAUACCCCACAAACCAAACUAUACACCUCAAAAACACCCUAAUGCAGGCCUGGAGGAAAACUACUGCAGAAAUCCUGAUGGGGAUGAAAAUGGACCCUGGUGUUACACAACAGAUCCUGCUACCAGAUAUGAUUACUGUAAUAUCCCAGAGUGUGAGGACCAGAUCACACACACCGGAGAAGGACCUACAGCGGAAUGCAUGCAGUGUAAUGGUGAGGACUACCAUGGAGAAGUGUCGAGAACAGAGUCUGGGCUUCAGUGCCAACACUGGGAUUCCCAAGAGCCUCAUAUGCAUGGAUUUACCCUGAAACACUAUCCAGAGAAGGAUCUGAAGAUGAAUUAUUGCCGUAAUCCUGAUGGUGAACUUCGGCCCUGGUGUUUCACUACCAGCCCGACUAAACGCUGGGAAUAUUGCAAAAUUCCUCGUUGCACUACACACCCACCAGUCUCUGGCCCAGGCUCCCAGUGUCUUUCAGGGAAAGGAGAAGACUAUCGAGGAAGGAUAGCCAUCACUGAAUCAGGAAAUGCGUGUCAACACUGGAACACACAGUUACCUCACAAACAUGGCUGGAUUCCUGACAGAUAUCCCUGCAAGGGCUUAGAGGAAAACUACUGUAGAAACCCUGAUGGAGAGAAGAGACCUUGGUGCUACACCAUCAACAGCAGCGUUAGAUGGGAAUAUUGCACAAUUCCUCCCUGUGAUGGGAGAGAACAAGAGAGUGCUGAUGUGCCUAUACAGGUUCCCCUGACAGAGGAGUGCUACCGAGGCAAAGGCCAGAGUUAUCGUGGCACAACUUCUAUCACUGCAUCGGGAAAAAAAUGCCAGGCCUGGAACUCCAUGUUCCCACACAGGCAUGAAAAAACCCCAGACAAAUUCCCAGAUGCGGAUUUGAGGGACAACUAUUGUAGAAAUCCAGAUGGUGACAACAGACCAUGGUGUUUCACCACUGACCCCAACACCUUAUGGGAGUACUGCAAUCUCGAGAAGUGUGAUGAUCAAACACAAGAGCCCAUACCAAAUGAUUCCCCCGCAACGAUGGCGCAAGAUAUUAGCCCGACGACGCGCACCACAUCUGGUACCAAUGCAGAUAACAGAUUAAAAGAUGUUGAAUUCCCUCUGCUUGAAAAUGAAAUAUGUAAUCGCCCUGAAUUAUGAAUGGAAGUGUCAAAAAUAAUGAAUUUUGUGGUGGAUUUACAUUUGGAGGCAUAGAUAACUGUGAGGUAAGAAUAAUCUAGGUUUGAGUUUAAGCAGAUCAAUGCAUAUAAUUUGUAUUUUCAAGGCUCAGAAAUAGCUUCAGCAACUCAACAUUUUUGCAUGAAGCCUAAGAACUGAGGUAUACACAGCGGUUUUUUUCUUCACUCACACAGUCAACCAGCAUAGCAGAGAAAUUGUGUAGGAUAAUAUCCUACUCAUAGUAGCCUAGUGUUGUGAAUAACCCUCUCACCUGAAGUAGACUGUAAUAUACUGCUUGGGCUUUCUUCUGUUCUUAGAGAUAGAGGUGAAACUAGUGAUUGUUUCUGGCACAGGCUGGAGUUGUACCGCAUCUUUAUUUAGUCCCUUGAUUAAAUAAAGCUUUCAGUGAUUCCAGUUUUCUAAUUUUCACAAGUAUAUGAAAAGAUUUUUAAAAUGUAGUUUUCUUAAUGGAGGCUAUCAUAUUGGGAGCUUUUCAGUAAAAAGCUGGUAACUGGUGACAGAGUCAGGAAGCAAACACAGGUCUGUCUGAGCAGAUGUUCCAGAUUGCCAGGGUAAAUUUUAUCUUUGAGAAUGUGGGCAGUGCAUUCAUUUAUAGGGCCAAAAAUCAUUGGACAUAUGUACUCAUAUCCUGCCAUGCUUGGAUUUUAAGGAACGGCAUUAAAACAAUUAAACUAAUUUUGCCCAGUAGAUCAGAGGAUGUGGAAAAUUUGUGUGUUUGUAAUAGGUCUCACAGUAAUCUGGGGAUUUACCCACAUCCAUGACUGGUAGAUCUUCAUACCAGGAAAAUGGCCUGGCUGCUUGGAAACAACUUUCCACUCCCCCCGUCCUGCAAUUCUUUUACUCCAGCAGGUCUAAUAAAACACACUCCUUCUCUCUCGAGUCCUUGGGUUAGUCACAUUUUGAGGCCUUCAGAGUUACAAUAUUAAU